AACACAGUUCCAGACAGGACAAACAGUAUUCAUUACAUCUGUGUAACAGGUGUAUGUCACACACUAUUUUGUCUGUGUAACAGGUGUAUGUCACACACUAUUUUGUCUGACACAUAAAACUGAUAUUUAUUCAGUAAAUACUGUAUUUAUACGGUAUACUAUAUGGAUACUGUGUUUCUCUGUAUACUAAUUGGAUACUGUAUUUCUCUGUAUACUAAAUGGAUACUGUAUUUAUACUGUGUACUAUAUGGACACUAUUUAUACUGUGUACUAUAUGGACACUGUAUUUAUACUGUGUACUAUAUGGAUACUGUAUUUAUACUGUGUACUAUAUGGACACUGUAUUUAUACUGUGUACUAUAUGGACACUAUAUUUAUACUGUGUACUAUAUGGACACUGUAUUUAUACUGUGUACUAUAUGAACACUGUAUUUAUACUGUGUACUAUAUGGACACUGUAUUUAUACUGUGUACUAUAUGGACACUGUAUUUAUACUGUGUACUAUAUGGACACUGUAUUUAUACUGUGUACUAUAUGGACACUGUAUUUAUACUGUGUACUAUAUGGACACUGUAUUUAUUCUGUGUACUAUAUGGACACUGUAUUUAUACUGUGUACUAUAUGGAUACUUUAUUUAUACUGUGUACUAUAUGGACACUGUAUUUAUACUGUGUACUAUAUGGACACUGUAUUUAUACUGUGUACUAUAUGGACACUGUAUUUAUACUGUGUACUAUAUGGAUACUUUAUUUAUACUGUGUACUAUAUGGACACUGUAUUUAUACUGUGUACUAUAUGGACACUGUAUUUAUACUGUGUACUAUAUGGAUACUUUAUUUAUACUGUGUACUAUAUGGACACUGUGUACUAUAUGGACACUGUAUUUAUACUGUGUACUAUAUGGACACUGUAUUUAUACUGUGUACUAUAUGGAUACUUUAUUUAUACUGUGUACUAUAUGGACACUGUAUUUAUACUGUGUACUAUAUGGAUACUGUAUUUAUACUGUGUACUAUAUGGACACUGUAUUUAUACUGUGUACUAUAUGGACACUAUUUAUACUGUGUACUAUAUGGAUACUGUAUUUAUACUGUGUACUAUAUGGACACUGUAUUUAUUCUGUGUACUAUAUGGAUACUGUAUUUAUACUGUGUACUAUAUGGACACUGUAUUUAUACUGUGUACUAUAUGGACACUGUAUUUAUACUGUGUACUAUAUGGACACUAUUUAUACUGUGUACUAUAUGGACACUGUAUUUAUACUGUGUACUAUAUGGGUGGAUGUGUUCUUCUUGGAUGAAUGU